UCUUACGAGUGACAAUUGGCAAAAGCAUAUAGUUUGAAAUAUUUGAUAUUGAAAUAAAUGAGAUCAGAAUCCGUUGAAUGUCGAUAAUGGGCGAAUGUCUUUUUUAAAAUUACCUAUUUAAAAGGUCUUCAGUAGCAUACAUCACCGCUUGACACAGAGGUUAUUGUGGUUAGAUCUUUAGAAAAUUGAUAUUUUACAUACCUCUUGUUGUAUGGGUUAUAAUUCACGUUUUUGAGUUUGGUUUUUGACGAUUGAAGAGCCAAACAAACGCAUGACUACCCAAGGUCGGAAGGCAGUUCCCCCGAGAAAAAAAUCAGGCCCCAAAUUUGAACUGACAGAAGAUCAAAAAAAUGAUAUUAAAGAAGCGUUCGAUCUGUUCGACACCGAAGGCAGCGGCAAGAUCGACUCGAAAGACUUAAAAGUGGCCAUCAGAGCGUUGGGCUUCGAACCCAAGAAAGAGGAAAUAAAAAAAAUGAUUGCUGAUAUCGAUAAAGACGGUACGGGGAAAAUCUCCUACGACGAUUUUUUAAAACUGAUGUCCGUUAAAAUGGCCGAAAAGGAUUCCCGAGAAGAGAUCCUAAAAGCGUUCCGGCUAUUUGAUGAUGACGAGACCGGUAAAAUAAGUUUCAAAAAUCUGAAACGGGUUGCCAAGGAAUUGGGGGAGAAUUUGACGGAUGAGGAGUUACAGGAGAUGAUAGACGAGGCCGAUAGAGAUGGAGAUGGUGAAAUUAACCAAGAAGAGUUUCUCCGCAUCAUGAAAAAGACGAGUCUCUAUUAGUCCACAGUCUUACGCACACGGCUGACUGUUACAAAACAAGAAUAUUAACCGUUAUCAAAAUAAUUUGAAGUUAGCUGUUAACAUUAUGGAAGCCUACAUAUUUUGAAUUAAUAUUUGUUUUUAUAAAAACCACAAAAUAAAUACCGAAAUAUGUCCUGUAUAUUUUUUAUUUAUACUGUUCAGAAUAUAUUUUUAUACCUUUAUUAAAGUGUAUCGAAUUUUAUCAAUAAAUCAACUUAAUUUGC